UCAAAACACAAAGCAGUCAAACCGAUACGAGCAGCUCAUCAUCACUGAAAUUCUGCCCUCUGUCGAGCUGAAAUUUGCCAAUCAAAACAACUCACCAUGGCUGAUACUGUUGCUACUCCGAAGGCAAAGAAGCCAGCAACCCCGAAGAAGAGGACUGCACCCCAGCAUCCACCGUACGAGUCGAUGAUCAACGAAGCUGUCAGGGCGUUGGACGAUAAGAAAGGCUCGUCACGCCAGGCGAUUAUCAAAUACAUCAAAAACGCUCACCGACUCGAACAAACCAAUGUGGAGACCCGCAUCAAGCUUGCUUUGAAGCGGAUGGCUGCCAAGGGGGUGCUCACCCACACCAAAGGCAGUGGGGCUUCAGGAAGUUUCCGUGUCCCAGCCGACUCUUCUAAAGCAGCUGGAAAGGGAAAGAAAAAGACCACAAAGAAGACAACGCCCAAGAAAGUCAAGAAGCCUCCAGUGUCUGCCAAGCCCAGCAAGAAGGCCGCCAGCGUCAAAGCCAAGUCUCCAAAGACCAAGAAGCCAGCUGCAAAGACUGAAGCGAAAAAGAAGCCAGCUGCCACACCCAAGAAGUCCAAGAAAGCUGCAACCAAGAAGCCCAAGGCAUCUCCAAAGAAAUCGUCAACAAAACCGAAGAAGGCUCCAGCAACAGUCAAGCCCAAGAAAAGCGCCACGAAGAAAGUCAGCAAGAAGGGCGGAAAGAAAGGUGCAAAGAAAUAGAGUGCCGGCACUCAAGAACAAUGUACAUUUUAACUUAUAAUAAUGUAGGCAGCUAAAAACCUUGGUUUAUUCCCAACAACUCGCGCAAAGAACAACACAACGCGAACUUUUUCUUAAUGUUGUGCUUCAUUGACUGGAUUCUUGACCGAGUAAAUCAAACUUUUGGACACCCAAUUUUGCAGUGGAUAAACUCAAGCUAGACCUCUGAAGGAGAAGCGGUUUAAUAAACACUAACACUCGAUUAUUUUACACGGCAUAUUAUUUCUCUUUGAUUGACGUGAAUCGUUGUGGAUGAUUCAUUUGGAGUGAACUGUGAUAUAACUUUAUUUUAACGGAGUUUGUGAUAAUAUUUAUCCUGAAAUAUAACGGUAUUGUUAUUAAAUGUAGAUAUACUUGCCAUAAGAAAAAAA